ACAAAAAGUAAACAAAAAGAUAGCCCUUUCCUAUUUCAAGACCUGCACAGAAGAGCUGGAGGAAAGUGUGCCAAUUUGCCUUGACAGUGGCCGCCUGGGUUCCCUGGCAUCCUGAAACCAUGUGAUCUAAGGCAUGUGCUCCUGCAGUUUCACUGUAGAACAGAGUAAUGACUUGUGCAGUGUGCUGAAACUAAUGCCGCAGGGAAUCUUGUGCUGAGGACACAGCCUGAGACUAAGCAAGCCUAGGUCCUUGGAUAUUCAUAGCAAUGUCAUCAUCUGGAACUCCGGGGGCCAGAAUGACCUCCUCUGUUAACAUCACAAUCUCUGCACCCUCCUUCUACAGUCCUCAGAAGAAAUUUGCUCCCGUUGUGGCUCCUAAGCCCAAAAUGGUUCCUUUUAAGACAGAAGGUACAGUCACCACAGGCACACCACCACCAUCUCAACCAAGUGCCACUGCCCACCUUGGCCGUGUUGGAGAGAUUCCUUUUGUUCCUCCCCCUCCUGUAGAUGAUUUCCCUCCUCCUCCGCCUCCUCCACCAGCUGAGGAUGCUGGCAUUGGUGGUACUUUUCCACUCCCCCCUCCACCUCCAUUUGAAGAAGCAUUUCCUUCACCACCAGAGGAGAUAUUCCCUUCACCACCACCACCUCCACCACUUGAGUGUGAUUUGCCAUCUGUCGAGGCUGUACCUGUACAGGAUUAUCAUGGCCCCAGUCCCCGUGGGAAGUUGUCAAGUAUUGAAAUGGAAAUUGAUAAUCUCUCCUCCAUGUUGGAUGACAUGGAGAAGAACGAUCCUUUUAAACCAAAGGUACAUGCCAGUACUACACCAGCUCCAGAACCAGCUGCCAUGAAGCCGUCUGCCCCUUUUCCAUCCAAAUUUACUCCUAAACCUACAGGCUUCUCUCCCUCCACUACACCCAAGCCCACUGUAGCACCUCCUAGCCAGACUCAGAAUGCUGCAGUGAAUCCACCAUGGGCAACUCUACCGAAAUCCAAGUUUGCCCCAGUAUCUAUUAAUGCUGCUGGAGUUUCAUAUCCAAAAACACCUCCAUCUCAGGCUUCUCCUUCUGUCACAGUGUAUGAGCCACCCCCACCCCCACCUGCAGCUCCUUCUCCCCCUCCCCUACCAAGUUCUGUUUCUAGCCCUCCAUUCCAAAAAGUCACUCCAGUGAAGCAACCCCAGACUGCACCAAAACCAUCUGGGUUUCAGCGUUUCCCCCCACCACCAACAGCAGCCCCAUCCUCUCAGCACAUCCCUCCACCCAGUGGAGGACCCACUGCAACUCCUCCCUCUCAGACACGCUUCCCUACACCUGGCGGUGGCCCUGGUGUGACCUCACCAUCUCAGCCACGCUUUCCUCCACCUGGUAGUAGUUCUCAGGUGAGUAUUCCCAAUCAGCCACGUUUUAUCCCCCCCUCUUCCACUACUGGGCCAGCACAAAAGACAUCUUCACAGCAACCUCCUCGAUUUAUGUCCGCACAAGAACGAGAACGACCUAUGGUACAAGAGAAACCAAGGCCCAUAGUUACUUCACAGGAAAUGAAUGCUCCAGCAGCUCCCAGCAGCAAGAACCUGUCUAUGAAGGAAGUUCAAGAACUAGAGCAGCUCACCCAGAAAUUUAUGAAAGACAUGGAGAAUCCACCCACUAUUGAGUCUCAGCCAAACGAAUUCUGUGCAUUGUGCAAGCAGCCACUCCCACGCACCCAGCCGUCUGUACGAGCAAUGGAUCAGAUGUAUCAUGUGGAAUGUUUCACCUGCUUUAAAUGUGAACGUCAGCUGCAGGGACAGCAGUUUUAUGAUAUGGAUGGAAAGCCUUUCUGCGAGGAUUGCUAUUCUGGUACACUGGAGAAGUGUGCUGCAUGCAAGAAAACCAUUACAGAACGCAUGCUGAAAGCUACAGGCAAUGCCUACCACCCGGAGUGUUUCACAUGUGUGAACUGCCACAGAAGCCUGGAGGGAACACCAUUUAUUGUGGACCAAGGGAAUCAGCCUUACUGUGUGGAUGACUAUCAUAGGAGGUAUGCCCCUCGUUGUUCAGUGUGCAAUGACCCAAUUAUGCCUGAACCUGGAAAGGAGGAAACUGUCCGUGUUGUGGCCCUGGAGAAGAAUUUCCACAUGAAGUGUUAUAAGUGUGAGGAUUGUGGGAAGCUACUCUCUAUAGAGGCAGAUGACAAAGGAUGUUACCCACUUAAUGGUCACGUACUGUGCAUGGGUUGCCAUACCAACCGUCUCAGAGCUUCAAAGUGAUGAUCACGUCCAAGGCAUGAUGUCAGGCUAGAACCACUCUAUUAACUCAGCCAGGAGUUAUACGACUUCUUCCGUAUUGACAUGCCAAUGAUAGUCACUUUGUUACUUCCUCGCUUUUGUAGGGAUUGCUUUGGAAAAAAAAAAAAAAAAAGAACAAAAAUAUAUUCCAGUAACUUUGACGUUGGCUAUGAUUGUAAUACAUGUGUAUGUUUUUAUCUUUAAUUUUUGACUUUUUGUACUUUUGCAUAGCUUAUGAGCUUUACUUGUGUAAAAGAAAAGUACUACCUUUAUCACUGCCAUUUCUUUGUGCCAAACACUGCAUGAUUUUUUUUCAGUAUUGGGAAUAGGAAGGAAUACUGGGGAUGACUUAGAUUAGGGCUCAAACCUUCCAUUUUGUGUCUUCUGUAUAAACUGUAUGUAACACAGUUGUUUGCCUUCUUCAGACUUUGAUUGUAUUAACAUCCUGCAGGGCACACAUGCAUCAAUGGGUAGGAUUCUUAUCACAAAACAGCCUAUGUUAGCACUGUGGUUGAACGGUAUAUUUUAGCACUAUACAUGCACAGCUGUCCAGACAAGAAUGGUCCAUUCACUCAGUACUCAUUUGCAUUACUUGUGACAUUUUGGGAGUACCUCUGCUCAGGGAAGCAGCAGACUUUUUCUUCCCAUGCCUGGAGCUAGUGCAUUCUGUCUGGAUUGCUUUUUGGGGUGCUUAUACAUGAGCGAUGGACUGAAGUCAGAAGAGUGCAUACUUUCCCGAUAUCAUUGUGACUGAGGUUCACCAUUGGUCAUGGAGCAAAAGGCUGCCGGCAACUUGCCUACCCUAGUAUCUUACCAUAUGAAUGCAAACUAGGAGGGUUUUUGUUUUUGCUAGACAGAAUGGUUGUUUUCUCAGCAUAAUGAUACAUUCAGCGUUAUUCUUGUCAAGCUUUUUAUGAGAGUCAGCAAUAAUAACUGUCUUUUUUUUUUUCUUUUAUAGGUUGCAAAUUAUUUAAAUAACUUUCUACAAAUUAUGUAAUUGUUACCUUGGCUAUUUUCCAAAGGGCAUCUUGUUCUUCCAAACUGGUCAUGUCUUAGAGUGAUAGCUGUUUAUUAGAUUAGUUAUUGCUGUCACUGACAGAGAUCAGAUACCUAAUACUUCAUGUCAUGGCAUUCCAUGUAUAUUUUCAAAAUCAAGACCUUUUUCCUCUUUGUAGGAGCAAAUAGGUGGCAUAAAUUGGUAUGUGUUAUUGGAAAUGUUUGUGCUGUGGAGUGGGUACAUUCAUUUGGUUUGAAUUACGUCCAGUAAGAUACAGUUUCAUUAAUUUGAUGUGCUUUCCCCACUCCCACUAGAAAAAAUUUCGGCAUAUAAAAAAGUGGAGUAGAUACGUAGGAGGAUAACUAGGAAGGAAAUGGUGUUUGUAUCCGGAAAGUUGAAAAGUGUUAAUUGAAGCAAGGAAAGUAGGUUAUACAUUGAAUAAUGGUUGACUUGUCAUGUAAACAGUGUAUCUGAAGUAUGGGUCAGCAAUGUGGAGACAUUUACAUGUGCAGUUAAAUUACUAAGCUUUACUAAAUUAUUUUGCUCUCCUUUCUUUGCUUGUGCUGCUUGCUUUUUAAAAUGUGAAGGCAAAAAAGUAUGUCCCCAUUUUAUUUUUGAUCCAUUAGGUUUUGACUGAGAAAUGCAUCUUCCCUACUUUCAUUUGUUUUCAAAAAGAAUCGGUCAUUCUGUGAUCCCUUUAAGAAGCUGCAUAUUUCACAAUCGGAGCUGCUUUUGCAUUCCACUGUUUGUGACAUGUUGAACUGGAAAGAAGACCUUAACAAUAGAUCUCCACAAUUGCUAAAAAUACCAUGAGCCAGUGAUUUACUGUUACUUUAGCGCAGCAGUAUUUACUUAAUUGCAAGUCAGUUUAGAGGAUACAGACAAAUUUAGUCAUUACAUCAGAACUCUUGUUUUUACUUCUGCUGUUUCCUUGUAGAGCUCUCCAUCUCCAGUGUUUCUAUAUUCACCUUUCACAGUAUGUGCGUCAUUUCAUCCAAAGUAUUCUGCAUGUCAGUAGGUUCCCCUCAACAUGGGUCUGUUUUAUUUAAGUAUGAUUUGGUGCAGAAAGAUGACCCUUUGUGGGUAUGUAGAUUAAAUAUUUUGUCUAGCUUCCUUUUUUCUUUCCUGCGUUGCAUGACAAUGUACAAAGAUGCUGAUGUAAAACUUGGUAAAAUGUUAUCAUAUGUCUGGUGUCCUACAGUUUUUCAUAUGACUGCACUAACUGCAGCACAGACUGUCACAUGGCAAUACUAUGGAAAUGCAGUCCUACACCAGCUAAUGUUUUAGACCAGUUCACACUCACUGUGGACGAGUGUCCUGUUCGUGCCCUCCCUACGUAAGGCAGGGGACCUGUUCUUGGAUGGGGUGCCAUCUUAACAGAGAGAAUGGAAAUAUAGCCUAUUGUAAAUGGAUGAUCUUGCUGUAUUCGUUCUGAAGCGCCUGAUGAUGUGUAAGACUAUACAAAUAUGAAGCUGUGUGAAACGUUACCAUGUGUCUGAUACCAGGCAGUCAUUUGUACACCUACCAUGUGAUGACAGUAUAGAACUGCAGCCUAGGUCAAGUACUUAAUGUUGCUCCUUUGUCCCCUCUUAAAUUAAUUCAGGUAACAAUAGUGAGCAGUAAAUAUUAUGUAAAGGUUAACUGCAGUUUAGUGAGUGCGAAUCCUAUAAAUAACUAUUUCAGUGAAAAUUGGUAAUCUGACAAAGGCUAUAUUUAUUAAGAGGUGAUGAACAAAAAACCCUACAUGGAGGAAUGUGGACUUCCUACUCUGUCACCCAGGGCUUUCCAUUUGCUUUUUUUUCUUUGUUUCCCUAAAUCGGACUUCUGCAAAUCCAGGACUUGUUGAAGUUACCAUGUCCACUUGUUUGUCAUACGUUCCUCCUUAAUGCUAGAUUUACAUUUCAAGGGGUAUUUUUAUACAGAGAAAUCAGAAGACUGUAUUUUCCUCAUCUCCAGAGUCUGCAAUUCUGUAACUUAAAGGUUAGGGUAAUGGAGACUGAGUAAGUUUAAUUCAUAUAACCGACUAGGCUUUAUUCCUGGUGUUCAAGAUUACAGAAUAUUUGGCUAGCAGCCUAGCUCCCAUGCUAUCAUAGAUAAUUAUGCCAAAUUGCGCUUAAUGCGGUUUAUAAAAGAUUAAAGCAAUACAUAAGACAAGUGCAUACCAUGAACUAAUUAAUUUUGAAAUCAUAAAUCCUGCCAUGGCUGAAAGCAUUUCUCUUUUUUUUAUUGAGGACAUUACAAAGAGGGAGGGCAUUUGUCGUUUUAAAUGGCUCCUGAUGAAGCAUGUAUAGAAGCAGUGAUGAGUCUGAGCAGAAAUGCAUUGCUGCCAUGGCUUGCAGUUUUUUUAUUAUAUGUCAGCUGCAUUCCUCUUUGAGUUUGCAUUUCACACCACAGGAACUGAAAUAAAGUUCCUAACUCUGCAACUUGUGUUUUUUUUUUUUUUAAACCACAGAUUAGAAUAAAAAAUGUUACAUUUACUUUUUUUAAGUCAUUCUGUUUUUCUGCAUUUGUUUUCAUCAACAUUCUAAUUCUGUAUUAUUAAACACUGCAUAGAUGUUUCAGAAAACCGCUUUCCUCAAAGUGAAUGUAGCCUUGGAAUGUGUUAAGUGAGUACCAUUUUGAUGAGAGCAGAAGUUUGGAGAGGUGAACUAACGAUGCUGCUCUUAUCACUUUUUUGCUGUUAGAUUACUGAACUGCUUAUUUCCGAAAUGCAGGCAAAUGCUGAACUGCCCGCAAGUCAUCAUGCAUGCUGAAAAGGGGAGCUAUUGGAAAGUGUUUUCCUAGGAGUUAAGUAGGUAAAGCCUACUGUCUGCUGCUACUUUUACUUUCAAAGAUGUGCUGUUGAUCAGUGACAGAACUGCUGAAUUUUUGUUUACAUGCUAUCAAUAUCAAAGAAAGUACAGCAUAUUGCAAGUGUUAUAUCCCCUAGCUCAGAUAAUUUGCAACUCCUGACCAGUAUGUAAACCUUUUUUUUGUGUGUGUGUGGGCAUCUUUACUGAUUUAUUCACAGUAUGUUUACAUUUAGUAUUUUUGUUUCUAUCAAAAGAUUAUACAGGAUGUGCUGAUUCAUAAAGUAAAUGCCCAGGGCAACCGUUUCUGAGAUGAUCCAUUAAAAUGCUUCCAGGAAGCCCUGGGUAGAGUUUUGGUGCCAGAAAUGAACGUAGUGUUAUGCUGUAUGUUGUACUUUGGAUAGUGAGCAAGAGUUCCCUGGCAAUGGCAGACAUUUUCACAACACUGAGAAUGAACACUGGUUAUACAGCUAGGACAAACCGUAUAAGAAUAUUAAACAUUGCAUGUUGGGUAAUGGUAGGCAUCAGAUCACUGAGAGGCAUGUCCCAAGAAUUAACUAAUAAUGAAUGGAAAUAACUCACUUGUAUCAAAAGGAGUUCCCAAGAGUAGACUGUUUCACAGCAUUGGUAGUUCAGUAGAGAAAUAUUUGGGAUAAAGAGUAUAAAGAAUGAAUGUGCUGGAAACUCGGAUUUUUGAAUGGACACACACAGCAAGCCAUCUGAGAAAGAAAUCACUAAGUGUCAGAUAAGCAGCUCACCUUUUUGGGGGAGAUGUACUUUGCUUAGUUUACCUGCAGCUCCUGGUUGAGGUCCCAAGUAGUAGUUUAAUCCAUGAUGAAUGACCCUAAUAUGAUGUAAAAUUCUGAAAAUGAGUUCAUCUAAGCACCCCCCAAAAAUGCUGAGAAUGUUUGAGAUGGUUCCUCAAUGUGGGGAACGGCACCCAUACUUAAUUCCUUAAUUACAAGAUAGAACCACAUUUGACAAUGAGAAAAAAAAUAAGAUUCCUCAAAUCCAAGGUUGCAUGAACUGAAAGAAACAAUAAACAAGUAAAGCAGGCAAAAUGUUGCUGUUCCAUUUGAUGAAGAAUAUUUUUGUAUAAGUAUACUCACCAUGUUCCUUUACAUCCUUCUCUGUUUUGUCAAACUCACAGGAGUAUGGGAUGGAGAUAUUUCAUUCUGUGUUGAAAUUGUAUCAAAGAAAAUAUAAACUUCAGGAGAGGCUCCCAAAGUGUACAAUGAACUUUACUCCCUCCCCACUAAAACAGUGGCCAUUCAAGAUGAGAAACCAUCUCGUCUGAGUAAGGUUUAAUUCAUUCCAUGAAGUGGUAUGAGCCUACUAGGUGAGGGAGACUGUCAGGAUUCAUCAGAGUAGUGUUUGAGGGGAUGUCUAGGAUCGUCAAAAAAGUUAAACUGACAAGGAACUGCAAAGAAUACAUUUUGAUUUUUCAGAGUAUUGUAGGAGCUAAGAUUUUGGUGCCACUGAUCCAACUUAAAAGAAAAGUAGCAGAUACAAAGCAAGCAAAACAGCAUUUUAGUGGCGGAAGGUGACAUUUGUGAGGAAUGCUUAAUUAAUAAAAUCUCAGGCUAUAGACAAAACAGAUGUUAUAUGCUCACAUUAAAAUAAUAAAUGUGAACUAAUUUAAUGCAAUGGUCAAACAGUAAGAAAAAAUAACUAAUGCAUGCAAACUGUAAAAGUAAUGACUUGUAUAAAUCUGCAAAUAUAGUUUUCUCAUCAUUCUGUAAUAGAAGGCUUUUUAGUAAGCACUUCUUGAGUUUGACUGUAUGCGGUAGUGCUGUGUGUUUUUUUUUUUAAUGUGGCAAUUCACUAAGAGCUUGUUUUACUAAUGUGGCUAUGAUGCACCUGUUUUAAGGAACUGUUAUUUAUGAAUGCUUAUCAAGUCACCUGCAUUGAAUAUGUGCAGUACUAGGAUUGUAGUGUGGAUUUGUGGCUGGUUUCUAUGGUGAGAGAAGAUUAUUUAUUUUAUUCAGAUGCCAGAUUUUCAUAAAACAUGAAUCAGCAGUCAGAGGUUUCAAGGCAGAGAAAUUAAAUGCUGAUAGGAUGCAAAUCUUUCUCAGGAUAUGAAGAUUGCCGAGUCUUUUUCAAAAAAUAUUUCUGACUGAAGAAUUCCUGUAGGCAGUGGUGAUCUACCUUUAAGUGAGCCAGUCUUGAAGUAAGUUGCAUUUAUGGAGAUGCUACCCAGGGUUAUCUUAAGGAGAGGAAGAUGGCAGGUGUUUUCCUUCAAUUCUGAAUUUUUUUUUUAAUUCAGCGAAUCCAGUUUUGUUUGAUAUCGUUUUAGGGAACUGUAGUAGCCCCAUAGAACUCCAUAUUCUAAGGAUGCACAUUCUGUCUUCUGUAGAUUUGAAGAUUAUAGCUGCAUUUCCUGAACAACUCCAGUUAACCCAUUGUAGUUAAUUCUUGGGUUUGGUGUCAGAAAGAGACUAAAUCUACUCAAAAACAGUAGUAGUAAUAGUGGGGGGAGCUCUAAUUUAGACUAAACUGUAGCCAUAGAAGACCAAAAGAACAUCAAGCUUCUAGAAGUUGAUGAUGUAAAAUGUGAAAAUGUGGCUAUUUGUCAGGGAUGCCCUGUCUUGAACAUUUUGGAAGCCUUUAAUCCUCUACAAUCUGUUUCAGGCAAAAAGCACAAUAUUUCAAUUUAUUCAUUGCCUGGAAAGGAUAAAUAUGAGAGGUCAGUACAGAAAGUAAAAGUCAUUGCCAUUGAAGGCUACUGUAAGUUUGUAAACUGUCUUCAUUUUCUUGUAAGAUCACUGAAUUUUUUAAGUGCAAAUGUAAGUUGCACAGAGAUUUUUUUCAUUGUACAUUUUAAUGUCAUGUAUGUCCUGAUCAUUAAAAUAGUAUUAAUCAAA